UGUUUUGUUUCUUGUUUCCGAUCAUCAGAAAAUAACAAAAUUUUACCUCAAAGUAUUUUAGAAUUGUCCCAUCCAUAAAGCUUAAAUUCGUUUUGAUUUGUGUUUAAAGUAAAAAACGGAACAGCAGCACCCUAGUAAAUACUCACCCGGUCGAUUUCACACGAUGUCCGAUCCCCACGAUGAGCUCUGCCCUCCCAACAAUCCGGAAGACGAUGAGCUUACUCUACCCAGAGCCAGCAUCAACAAGAUUAUAAAGGAAUUGGUUCCCUCGAUACGGGUGGCAAACGAAAGUCGGGAGCUAAUCUUGAACUGUUGCACCGAGUUCAUCCAUUUGAUCAGCUCGGAGGCGAACGAGGUGUGCAAUCAGCGUAACAAGAAAACAAUUAACGCCGAGCACGUCCUGGAGGCGCUGGAUCGACUGGGCUUCAAAGACUACAAACAGGAAGCGGAAGCGGUGCUGAACGAUUGCAAACAGGUCGCCGCAAAGCGGAGACGGCAGAGCACCCGGCUGGAAAAUUUAGGCAUUCCGGAAGAGGAAUUGUUGCGGCAGCAGCAGGAACUCUUUGCCAAGGCCCGGGAAGAGCAGGCUGCAGCCGAACAACAGCAGUGGUACAAUUUGCAGCAGAACGCGGAAAUGUACCAUCAGAGGCAGCAGUCCCAGCAGGACGAGGAGGACGACAGUGAUGACUAUUGAGAUAUUAAAAGGGGAAGGAGGAUGAAAGAGCUUUUGAAUUGAUGAUUGUGGAUUCGAUGUGGGAAGUAAAAUUAAUUGGACAGAGUAACGCUUGCAAACAUUAUUGCCUCUUCUGAAUCGUGAUAAUAAAAUUUUG